ACAAGAUUUGUUCAAGGCCGUGGCAUGGAUGAGGUACGGCCUACCAGUGGGGCUCAAACCCACGGGCUGGUGCCGCUGUUUCCUCCUGGACUACAGGCUAUCUACGGGGAAUGCCGGCGACUUUACCCCGAACAGGCCAACCCGCUUCAAGUCACAGCCAUUGUAAAGUAUUGGUUAGGGGGCCCUGACCCGUUAGACUACAUCAGUAUGUAUAGGAGUUCAGGCUGUCCGGCUGAAGAUAUCCAGGAGCAUUGGCACUAUGUCAGCUUUGGUCUGAGCGACCUGUAUGGGGAUAACAGGGUUCAUGAAUUUACAGGGGCAGACGGGCCCAGUGGGUUUGGUUUUGAGCUCACAUUUAGACUCAAAAGAGAGACGGGGGAGACGGCACCACCAACCUGGCCGGCUGAACUCAUGCAAGGCUUGGCUCGCUAUGUGUUCCAGUCAGAAAACACAUUUUGUAGCGGCGACCAUAUAUCGUGGCACAGUCCACUAGACAACAGUGAAUCUCGUAUCCAGCAUAUGUUGCUUACAGAGGACCCACAGAUGCAACCAGUUCAAACACCAUUUGGUUCACUGAGCUUUCUCCAGAUUGUGGGUGUGUGUACAGAGGAGCUACAGGCAGCCCAACAGUGGAACGGCCAAGGCAUCCUGGAGCUCAUGCGUGGAGUCAGACUAGCUGGUGGCCCCUGGCUAAUCACAGACAUGAGGAGAGGGGAAACCAUUUUUGACAUUGAUCCACAUCUACAACAGGAGAGAGUGGACCAGGGUAUUGAGACCGAGGGCUCGAAUCUGAGCGGGGUCAGCGCCAAAUGUGUGUGGGACGAUCUGAGUCGACCGCCAGAGGAUGAGGAGGACAGCCGAUCCAUCUGUAUCGGCUCACAGCCACGGAGGCUCUCCGACAAAGACACGGAGCAGAUUAGAGAGACCCUGAGAAAAGGACUGGAGUUUAACAGCAAGGCAGCACUACCACCCAUCAGCAGCCAGAGACCGAGCCAUGAGAGACCUCAGAGUCGAAAGGACAGUUUAGAGAGUGAGAGUUCAGCGGCCAUUGUUCCUCAUGAGUUGGUCCGAACACGACAGUUGGAGAGCGUCCAUCUGAAAUUCAACCAAGAGUCAGGCACACUGUUGCCUCUCUGCCUGCGGGGCCGGUUGCUCCAUGGGAGACACUUCACAUACAAAAGUAUCAAUGGCGACACAGCCAUUACGUUUGUGUCGACUGGAGUUGAAGGAGCUUUUGCCACUGAAGAGCAUCCAUAUGCAGCCCAUGGACCCUGGCUCCAGAUAUUGUUGACUGAGGAGUUUGUGGAGCAGAUGCUUGAGGAUUUACAGGAACUUAACACUCGUGAGGAGACAACGUUACCAAAGGAGUACAGUUGGCCAGAAAAGAAGCUGAAGAUCUCUGUCCUACCCGACCCUGUGUUUGAUAAUCCACUGCAAUAAGACAGAGACUCUUCAUCCUUAGAAACCUCCAGCAUAAAAAUACUUCCAGCGUGGACCAUCAUGAACUGGAGCCCUCCCAGAACAGCCAGCAACCCUGAGCGGUCUGGGCGCACAGAUAUGUUGAUCCCACAGUGGACGGCCAGAGACCGUUUCCCUCCUGAACAUGAUCUGAGGGAUGAUCUAAACUCUUUUGACUGUUACUGCAUUCUUAGACUAGCACCACUGUUUACAUUUCUCUUGGGCUUGAAUGCUUCUAAGAAUGUUAAACCAGCCUGUCCAGAUGGUUGACCGGUAAGAACAAUCAUUAAAGGUGACACACUAGCCGUAGGGUAAAUGAGGAUGUUGUCAUUCCUCCAGUAAGGCCUGCCAAGGACUGAGGGCUUAAAUAUACGUCAUAAAUACAUUUAAUACUGCAUCCUGUGAUCUCCAGACUCGGUGUCUCAGGCGAUAACCGUGUCUCAAAAGCAAUUCUAUUUAUUCCACUGGCCUUUUAGAGAGGACAGAAAAGUCACAUAUUCAACAUUAAUUUCAGUUUUUUUUCUUUUGAUUGAGCUCAUGUGUAUAGUAUUUACAAAUGCUGGACAUUUUUCUCUUAUGUGUUUGUGGUCAUACCAAAGUUUUAACUGUUGGCAGUCCACUGCCAAUACAGUCCGUGUGUCAAAUGUGCCACAAUUCCAUAAAAUUGAUGCGUCAGGCUGAACCAUAAUUCAUUGAGUUUCACUGCCUGUUUGUCUGGGAAAAUCAGACAUGUAUCUGUCUUCUUCUCAUAUCUGGCAAAUGCUGCAGGUAUAACCACCUCUUCUCCCCUGUGCAAAGAACACAACUCUUGUAUUGAGUUGUGUUUUUAUUUUUUUAUUCAAGCUUCCUGAUGCGUCUUCUAGAAGUUAUGAAAUGAAAUACAUCAAGUCCGUUGUAAAUGUUCAAAGAGUGGGAAUCUGUGGUUAGUGUCGUCUCCGGUGGCCACAUAAACAUUACUUUUGUUUUAUUAGUAGGACCUUGAAAAUGAGUUGAAGUGUAAUUCCUCAGUGCCUUGUGGUUUUAAAGGACCACAUCUUCUCUGUGAGCCCUUUAUGCUGCAUAAAGCUCCUAGGUUUUUUAAAGAGAAGUUGCAUUAUAUCAAGGCUGCUGCGAUCAGUCUUCUCCUGUCAUUGCAUUCCAUUUUAACACAAAAACAGAUAAAACUACUUUUACUACAAAUAUGUACUCUUAUACAACAUGUGAUGCAUCUUAUUUUUGUUUGUCUUUUUCUAUUCAGAGUGACAAAUGUAAGGUUUAGACACCGUUUAUAUGGUAUUUUGUAAUUACUAUCCUAUGACUGAACUGCCUGAUUGUAAUCCCAAGUGCAUUAAAGCGUGUAGGCAUUUACACAAAUAAAGCUGGAACACUAAUGCAGACUUAGAGGAGCUUAUUU